UCUGUUCAACCAAGUGGACCUCGCAUCGGGGGUGCAGACCGAGAAGAAAGCGGCAGUCAAAAGACCACUAGGGAUAGACUUUUAGGGGUUCUUGAGUGGAAGGCAACGUGAUGGUUGGAAGUGGGCGAGGGAAGCAUCUUAUUCUGACCUUAUGAAUGCACUUUUGGGGUUCCUUGAGCGCCGCAUAUAAAGAGGGGUCACUGGCUACGCAUUAGUAGCCAGAGAGAGAGAGAGGAGGCGGAGAAGUAGCAUAGAAGAAGAAUCUGGAGCGCUCCUUAAAAAGGCGCAGUUUUGGAUUGCAAGACCUAAAGAAGCGGCUGGAGAAAGGUGGGGCCGAGAGGAGGAAGCAGGUUGUUGCAAAUCGUGAUUAUAAUACGUGACGGGGCAACGAGGAUCUUGCAGUCCGGGUUAAAGAGAGGCGGGAUUGGCGAACUCCCUGAGGAGAGGCUGAGUGAAGGAUGGGGCCCCUGCUGUCUCUAGGGAUCGGGCUUCUGCUGUUCUUGCUCUGGGCUCGCUAUAGGGGCAUCGAAUACGUGCUGGUCCACCACCGCUGGAUCUUCGUCUGCCUCUUCCUGUUGCCCCUUUCUGUCCUUUUCGAUAUUUACUACCAGCUCCGCGCUUGGGUUGUGCAGAAGCUGCACUGUGCUCCACGGCAGCACGACUUGCGGGUUCGGAACAUCCAGAAACAGGUUCGAGAAUGGAAAGCAGAAGGCCAAAAAACAUACAUGUGCACAGGCCGUCCUGGCUGGCUUACAAUGUCUCUUCGUAUUGGGAAGUACAAGAAGACUCUAAAGAACAUCACAAUCAACUUGAUGGAUAUUUUAAAUGUAGACACUGAGCGACAGGUUGUUCGGGUGGAACCUUUGGUCUCAAUGGGGCAAUUAACAGCACACCUGAAUCGUAUGGGCUGGACUAUUCCAGUGGUACCAGAACUUGAUGAUCUUACAGUAGGUGGUCUGCUCAUGGGAACUGGCAUUGAAUCUUCCUCUCAUAUCUAUGGAUUAUUUCAGCAUAUCUGUGUGGCCUGUGAGCUUGUUCUUGCCGAUGGCAGCUAUGUGAGAUGUACCCCGGACGAGAAUUCAGAUCUGUUUUAUGCAGUGCCUUGGUCCUGUGGCACAUUAGGCUUUCUGGUUGCAGCAGAAAUAAAAAUGAUCCCAUCUAAGAACUAUGUGAAAUUACAUUAUGAGCCCGUGAGAGGACUGAAAGCCAUCUGCAAGAGAUUUGCUGAAGAAUCAGAAAAGAAAGAAAAUCAUUUUGUAGAGGGCAUUGUGUAUUCUUCGGAAGAGGCUGUCAUAAUGACUGGAGUUUUGACCAAUGAAGCUGAACAAGAAAAGGUCAACAGAAUUGGGACAUACUACAAGCCAUGGUUUUUUAAGCAUGUGGAGAAUUAUUUGAAAGCUAAUACCACAGGAACAGAAUAUAUUCCAGCAAGAGAUUAUUAUCAUAGGCAUACAAGGAGCAUUUUCUGGGAGCUCCAGGACAUCAUCCCAUUUGGCAAUCAUCCAAUUUUUCGCUAUCUCUUUGGCUGGAUGGUUCCUCCUAAAAUCUCCCUUUUAAAAUUGACUCAAGGCGAAUCCAUGAGAAAGCUCUAUGAGCAGCACCACGUGAUACAAGACAUGAUGAUUCCCAUGAAGAGUCUUGAACAAUGUAUUCAAACCUUCCACAGUGUCAUUAAAGUUUAUCCCCUAUGGCUGUGUCCAUUCAUCUUGCCUCACAAUCCUGGAAUGGUUCAUCCAAAAGGAGAUGAAGAGGAACUCUAUGUAGAUGUGGGGGCCUAUGGGAUGCCCCAGACAAAACACUUCGAAGCCAUGGCAUCCACCAGACAAUUAGAAAAGUUUGUGAGGAACGUUCAUGGUUUUCAGAUGUUAUAUGCAGACUGCUAUAUGACCCGCGAAGAAUUCUGGGAAAUGUUUGAUGGCUCCCUAUAUCACAAACUGAGACAAGAGCUUCAGUGUAACAAGGCUUUUCCUGAAGUGUAUGAUAAAGUCUGCAAAGCCGCAAGACAUUAAGUCCAACUGGUCCAUGAAGCAACUGGGAAAAUUUGGGUCUAAAUAAAAACUAUUUCUUCUGCUCUUUUCAAAAAAAUAAUCCCUUGUUGCUACUUCAGAGACUCCAUUUAAAAUGUGAAAUUUAGAAGAAAUACUUCUGCCUUUGUAUGAAAAUAUAAUUGGUAGUAUUUGUCUUAAAAACGUGUAUGCUUCUUUAUCUUCUUUCUAGGAAUUUCCAUUUAUGACCACUGUGGUUUAAUGAUAGCUUAGGUAUAGAUUGAUAUAUUUAGUAGAAGGGGAAUAGAAAAAUCAGAACCUUAAAAUAGAAGAAUAACAUAGAAAAAAAUGAAUGGGAGAUGUAUGCAAGGUCUGCUAAUACAGAUGUACCAUAGGCUCUUUCUGAGAGUUGUGCCAAAUAAAACUGCCUUUCUAAUGUCACAGUUGCCUAUAUCAGAUAAGUUUCUUUGCCCAGGGUUGAAAAGUCAUAAUUUGCAAUAAAGUUAUAAUUAUAACCUGUCUGAACACUUUGAAUACUAUGGAUUGGAGACUUUUUUUUAAUUAGUGUAUGUUCUUCUCUGUGUCUCUCAUUUUGUUGACAUUUUUUCUUUGACAGUUUUCAUUAGUUUUAUGUGCUGCAGGAAAAAAAAUACUAUUACAGACAUGUCCCUAGGAAGAAGACAAAACUUUUUAAAAGCCCCCCCCCCUUCUGUUUAUAAAUGUUACCGUUGGUUUCUUUUUUUCCUUCCAGUAAUCUGUCUCUUGGAUUAUGAAUGCUGACUCAAUGGUUUCAUAAUGUAUUUCUCCAAAGUACAAGUUUGUACUUCUGUUUUAAUAGUAAAGAGGGCUAUCAGUAAUCUGAUAUAAAUAGCAAAGGUAUUAUAUGCAUUGUCGUGUCUAUCUACUUUAUGUUUAUUUUGUUCAUGAAAUUCAUGGUAAAGGUAGUCCUUGACUUACCUCAAUUAAGUGCAACAUUUCUCUUGCUAAGCAAGACACUUAUUAAAUGGCUUGUCCCUCAUUUCUUAGCACAGUUGUUAAGUGAAUCACUGCAGUUGUUAAGAACAUGGUUGUUAAGUGAAUCUUACUUCCCCAUUGACUU